AGAACAUCCUGUCUAGUAGGCGCGUGCGUUUUGUUUUCCACUUCGUCUGUGCGUUGUCGACCGCUGUCAAUCAACGCAGGGGAAUGCGGCGGAAGUGCGCCACACAAACAUAUGUCCCAUGACUGCGCGUCGUAGGUGGUGGGGGGGGUUUGCGCUGGGUCUUUUCUGAAGGUGGACGGUUUUCCCAACAGUGUGACUGCAAUCACCGGCUGAUUCACUCCUAAGCUUCCCAUCUCACCGACCAUGAAGAUCUGGACAUCGGAACACAUUUUCAACCAUCCUUGGGAGACAGUCACCAAGGCUGCGAUGCAGAAGUACCCCAACCCCAUGAACCCCAGUGUGUUUGGGGUGGAUGUGUUGGACCGUAGUGUGGACUCACGGGGACGCCUGCACAGCAACCGGCUGCUGAGCGCUGAGUGGGGCCUACCCUCCAUCGUCAAGUCGAUCAUUGGCAGAACACAGACGUGCACAUACAUUCAGGAGCAUUCUGUAGUGGACCCCAUUGAGAAGACAUUCUGGCUUCAAUCUUCAAACAUCACAUUCACUAACAUGGUGUCAGUGGAUGAGAAGCUUACAUACAGACCACAUCCUGAUGACGCAGAGAAGACGAUAUUGACUCAAGAAGCUCUCAUCUCAGUCAAAGGGGUUAGUCUGAGUAGCUACCUGGAGGGAGUUAUGGCUAGCACCAUCUCUGCAAACGCAGGCAAGGGUCGUGAGGCGAUGGAGUGGGUGAUCAGGAAGCUAAAUGCAGAGAUCGAAGAGCUGGCAGCCGCCGCCCGCGGCACCAUAAGGCCUCCCAUGGCUGCUGCUAUGACUUCCGAGAAAUGAUACCUCUAAGUUCCCAGCGACCAGCCUGGGGACAUUGUUCUUCUCCUGCGUCAGAACAGACUCCACCUCCCUUUAGACUGGUCUGAUUCUCAUCAACUGGACAGGAAUCAGAUCUACAAGUUUGAUUACAAUUCAAGUACUGUAUUUAUUGUUAUUAUUUAAGUACUAACUGAAAUGAAGGGAACAACGGUAAUCCUAGUAUAUAUAUAUAUAUAUAUAUAUUUAAAAAAAAAAAAAACAUUUUAUAGGCGAGGAGCA